AUGCAGUCUCGCGCGGUGCAUUUAAAGAUGGUACACAGUAUGUCCACUGAAUCGUUCCUGAUGGCUCUCCAAAGGCUGAUCGGCAGACGCGGAGUCCCGAGCAACAUCUACUCCGACAACGGGUCAAACUUUGCGGGAGCGUCCGACGAGCUACAAAGGUGGCUGUCUCGAGUCGACCAGAGCGAGCUACACAAGCGACUGACAUCCAAAGCUAUUCAAUGGCACUUCAAUCCGCCGUACGCUAGCCAUAGAGGCGGGAUUUGGGAACGUAUGAUAAGGACCAACAGCGCCACCAUAUCCGGUGUGUACAGAAGUCCGGGAGCCACCAUAGAAGAAGAUGAGCAACUAAUCAGGGCGCUGGAUGUAUUAGCACAGUCCCAGCAGAAACUGGUCAUUGCUGGGGACUUCAACCUUCCUUGCAUCCAGUGGACCUGCUCGGAGGGUGCACCAGAGGAAGUGUUCCCGGGUUGGAUUUAA